AUGAAUAACUUAUCUAGAGAUGAGCAAGUUGUUGUGAACUUUGAAGAUCAACAAGCUAUUGGAAAAGCCCAAGGUUUGCUUGCUGGAUAUCCAGGAACAUUGGCAGUUGAUUGGUGUUACAUGAAGAGUGUUUUAGUACUGAAGGAGAUGUGUAGGAGAAAUAAGGAUGCUCGUAAGAAGCAAACAAUUUCCCAUACUAGUGGCUCGAAACCCAUCUCAAGGAAAAGACAUGAAAUAUUUUUAGAAACUGGAAGCAAAAUUAGCCGUGGAGAAAUGUACAUAAAAACUCAUACGAAGAAAGAUGGGUCAUUUGUGACUGAUGAAGCAAGGGAUAUAGCAGUAAGUUGUACUUUUUGGAACAAAUUGAAAUACCUUAUGACUCAAAAUGAGAAAGAUGAAUCUGGACCAUCCACAAAUGAUGCUAUUGGCAAAGUGUUUGGGGAGAAGCAUUCUGGUAAGGUGCGAUGCAUGAGAAUGGGAGCAACACCUACUAAUACUUUCAGAAAUGCCAAUCAUCCUAGCCAGUUAGUUAAUUCUUCAACUUCAAUGUCAUCUACUACCAAUUACUCCCAAGCUGAUUUUAAACGUUUGGAGUCUAAAUUUGAUGGGACAUUGGCUGCAUUUAAGGCUUAUUUUCUUGCUAAAGAAGGAAGAAUUCCUAUUGAACUUACUGGUAUAUUUGACCAUGGAGUUCAGGCUAAUGAUGUUGAGAACGAAACUAUUACACCGACAACAGGAAGAACAUCAUCAGGAGGAAGCAAUGAAAAUCGUGAAGACAUUGUUUAG